CACAUUGAUGAGAACAGCUUUAACAUUAUCAUAUUUUUUCUAAACUUCUGUCAAUAAUGUGUACUGUGAAUUGCUACAUUGUUUUUAAUUCAUGAGUUACUGUUUGGGAUUUUUAUUCUCUCUCAUGCUGUUGUUCCAAUGUCUACAUGGAUGUUGUAAUUUGAAAAGACAGUUGAGAAUAUUUGCUAUCAUUAUUAUGUGUAAUAUUCCUCAUCCGUGAGCCAAAUGUCAACCCUACAGAUCAAGGGGCUUCUGGGUGAUUAUGAUGCUAUCCAUGUUCGUCGUGGUGAUAAAUUGAAAACUAGGAAGGACAGGUUUGGGGUUGAUCGGAGUCUACAUCCUCAUCUUGACCGGGAUACACAUCCACAGUUUAUUAGUUGUAGAAUUGCAAAAUGGAUCCCACCAGGGCGAACUCUUUUUGUUGCUUCAAAUGAGAAGACUCCAGGCUUCUUUUCACCUCUCUCUGACAGGUACAAACUGGCUUAUUCAUCAAAUUAUAGCAGUAUUUUGGAUCCAUUGGUUGAGAACAAUUACCAACUAUUCAUGAUAGAAAGGCUUAUUAUGAUGGGAGCCAAAACAUUCAUUAGAACAUUCAAGGAAGGUGAUACAGAUCUCAGCCUUACUGACGAUCCAAAGAAGAACACCAAGACAUGGCAAAAACCUGUUUAUACUAUGGAUGGAGAGGGAUGCUGA